AUGAAAAUUGUUGAAAGUGUGAGGAUAUGGUUGGUGGCAGUGAUGCCCCCAUCAGAGGAGGAAAGCCUCUGGCUUGUAGGAAAAAGCGGUGAUGCCAUCUCCCAAUCGGGAAGCGGUGGUCGUUCAGUGAGACCCGGGGACAAAUCACAAAUUAAGAAAAUUUUGUACACCGAAGAAAUGACAAGUCAGAGCAACAACACCACCACCACCACAACCACCGCUGCAGGUGGACCAGCAGCAGCGGCUGGCACUGUCAGUGCCACCUCCACUGAUCCCGCUGAGCACGAUCUCAUUGACUCCAGGGAUGAUGCCAAUUUACUAGCGCAAUUCCAUGAGGAUGCGAUCAAACAGGCAGGAGUCGGUUACUUCCAAAUCCUCGCAGCAUUUUGCGCGGGCCUAGCCCUAGCCGCGGACACAGUAGAGUUCUUCGUGGUCCCCUACAUUCUGCCGAGUGCCGAGGUUGAGCUCUGCAUCGAGGACAAUGAGAAGGACUGGCUAUCCAAGAUAACCCUAGUAGGCUCAGCCCUGGGAGGAAUAGGAUGGGGAGGUCUGGGAGAUCGCCUAGGGCGUCGUCGGGCUCUGCUAUCCGCCAUGUCAGUGCACGUUCUCUUCAUCGGCGUAGCGACAUUCAUGCCGACAUACGGAACCUUCAUGACCGCGAGGUUCUGCUCGGCGAUCGCUGUGGGGGGGGCUGUGCCCCUAGCCUUCGCCUACGUCGCCGAGUGCUGCCCUCGCUCCUCCCGGGGACGAUGGACAGGCAUUCUGGUGGCUGCUGCCUCACUAGGAGGUGUCUACGCUGCUCUCCUAGCCUGGGCCGUUGUACCAACCACCGGUGAAAUGGUGGUGCUCGAGAAUAAGGAACAUUUCAGUGCUUGGCACAAGUUCCUCCUGUUCUGCUGUCUGCCGGCCGUAUGUUCCAUCAUUGGACUUGUGUUCCUUCCGGAGAGUCCAAGGUACCUCGUAGAGGCCGGACACGACGUGGAAGCCAUGAUGGUCUACCAGCGCAUCUACAAGCGCAACAACGCUCGCAAGGCCCUCUCUGGCACACAGUACCAGCUCUCAGAGUUGGAACUCCCGAGCAAAAGGCCCCGGGGCCUGGCGCCCCCCUCCCCCUCCGGCAACACUAGCGUUCUCAACGACAUAAUGUACUCCAUCGAGAUGUUCUGGAACUCCUUCCUACAGCUAUUCUCAGGCCCCUACAUAAAGAUCACUGUGAUGCUCUUCAUAAUCUGGUGUGCCGUGGCCUUCGGCCUCUACGGCCUCAUGCUCUGGUGUCCUGAGUACUUGAAGCGGAUCCGUGCUACUGAGUAUGAGGCCCAAACCGAGAGAUUCUCCAAUAAAGAGUUCGUUGGGAGUACGUUCACGGGAUCCCUCGAGAACCGGAGAUACAGGGACUCGAGAUUUCUUAACUGCAAAUUCAGCAAAAUAGUCUUGAGUCAUGUGGACUUUGAUAAUUGCACGUUUCAGUCUGUUGAGUUUACGAGCAUCAAGAGCUCUAAGACCCACUUUACGGACUCGAUUAUCGCUGAUUCUAAGUUUAUUGACACGGAUUUGUCCAAGGGGUCCUUUGUUAACUGUAAGCUGAUUAAUAAUACGGAUCUCAGUCUCGUUGGCAGCUGUCCCACUCUUGAUUUGGAUUAUAAUAUUUAUAUUGAGGAGGCACUGCAUGGUCAUCUGGUGGCCGAGCUCGCUUUUGUGCCGGCAGCCAUUCUAGCGGGAAUAGCGCUGGGAUUUCUCCAGGGGCCCAAGAUCAUUGGAUUAUCUCUGUUCUUAUCAUCCGGGGGUGCUCUCUGUCUGAUGCUAGUGAGUAACAACACUUCAGCCGUUCUGGGCUUCGAGGGGGGUUUUAUGGCAGUUUCAGCGAUAGCAUGGACUUCUCUGGGCCUCAUAACUAUUGAGAGCUUUCCAACUCACUUGAGAUGCACGGGAUUCGGUUUGAUGGCAGCUGGCAUCAGGAUAUCGGGUCUCAUUGGCACAGCUGUUUAUCAGACACUCGUCGGGGCACCCCUCAUUGCACCAGCACUGCUCACAGCUAUUGCAUUGUUUAUUGCUAGCAUCGCGACAUUUAAAUUACCAAAUACACAUACGGUUUUCUUGUAAAUAGGUAAGACAUGCUUUUUUAGAGAUUUUCGGGUAAAACGAUUAUACUUCGAGAUUUUCGUACUGAGAGGAAAAUGAAAAUUGAAAAUUGGCAGACAAAUCUGACCUUGAAUAUCAAUUUUUCAUUUCUCUUCUGCGAAUUGAAAAAAAUUACUGGCAUUUCAAUUGGUGUUUUUCUCUCAGUGGGGAAUUGAUAAAGUUGUGAAGCGCACAGGCUGUGGGAAAAAAAGAUAAAUUAGGGGUGAAGUGGUAAAAUUGAUUUACGUGAUGUAUCUCUGGUGAAUAGUUGAGAGAACUUUUUUGUGGAGAUAAUCAAAUUCUCUGCAAUGAAAUUCCCUGCAAUGAAAGAGAUAAUCAACAUUUUGCCAAUUUACUCCUGAUAUCGUGACUGACAUCGUGAAAACUACUCAAUGAAAUCGCUUGCUUCUAUAAUUGCAGUGAAAUCAAUAAACCUUCAUUCAAUACCGUACGCAUAAUAAUACGAAUAUCAACAUAUUUAUAAAUAUUUUAGUACAGAGAAUGAAUUAAGUAAUCAAUUAAAGUCAAUUUUUCUGAGGAGAUCCAAGUGCACCGGUGAAUUCAUAUCAAAUUACCACGUUAAAUUUGUAAUAAUAUUUUUUUUACUCGAGACAAUCUCUUUGAGACGUUUUUUAUCCAUAUCCCUGACAAUGGAGAAACAUUUUUACAGCAGUGAUGACUCAUAAAGUUAUUGAAAAAAAAAAGCACGGAUCUCUGGAUGAGUGGGAGAGAUGAAUUUUUAAGGUGAAAAUUGACUCAAUUUCGUGUAAAGUAUUGACGAAAAUCAUGAGAAAAUUGCUAGUUAAAUAGAGGCAAAGUGGGUCUAAACAUUUGUAUCCAAAUAAUAUUCACCAUUUUGCCCCACUCCAUAGGUUAAAAAUAAUUAUAGCUUAUUACCUUGAUUUAAAUGAUUAAUUCUAGGGAUAAAUGCAGUACUUCCGCUUUCAUUUGAAGACAAUAGGCUGCGUAAUUAGAAGUAAUGAAUUUUAUAAUUAUUUUCUUCGUGAAGAAGUGUGUAAAGACCAUUAUGAUAGCUGUUAUGACGUGAUUAUUCGAUUUUUUUAAAUGAGGAAUUAUUAAUUAGUGGAGUGAUAGGACGAACAGGAGAUGAUGGGGAUAAAAAUGAAUUUCUCGGUUAAUUCGGUAUUAAGGUAUAUCCCUGGAAAACAAGUUUUUUUCUCAAGAUUGUUCGCAUGUUUUUCAUGGAUAAUGUUUAUAAUAUAUCCCAGCUAUUGAAAACAAUUUUAACUAGCUGUACCACAGAGUUUAGGAGAUGAUAAAUAUUGCGGGCUUCUAGCACGCGAGGCAUAGGGUGAACAGUCCAAUUGCGGAACACGAAUUGUUUGCCAAAUUUCUGGAAUAUUUACCUAUUUAUCAAAUUAUCAAUUUGGUGACAGGUGAGUAGUUAGAUGUGAUAGUGUGGCCGCUAAUGCGCCGAACGAAGUUACUUGGGUUAAUAAUCAUCAAAUGUCGUAAGUCCAGACUAAUAUUGAUCCUAAAAGCUUCACUUUUUCAUAUUUUUACACUCAUUUUAUCAGAAAGUUCUUAUUUUUACAAAUAUAUGGGUGUUCUGCCAUUUGGCUUGGGUUUUCGUGGCAUUUCCAAUCGACCUAACACUGAUGUUUUCGUUUGGCACCUGCCGGAGUGGUUCACUCUAAAGUAUAUAAAUAAUUGAUAAGUUGAAAAUAUACCCUGGUAAAACAGUCCGAUUAU